GGUCGGUUUCCUUCUCUCUCUCUCCAACUCUCGCGCAAACUGUUUUUUUAUUGCCUCUUCGCGAUCAGAUCUCAUCGGAAGAGACGAGCGAUGGCUUCAGGUUUCAGCGGCGACGAAACUGCUCCUUUCUUCGGAUUCCUCGGCGCUGCCGCCGCUCUCGUUUUCUCCUGUAUGGGAGCAGCGUACGGGACAGCGAAGAGUGGGGUUGGUGUGGCUUCAAUGGGUGUGAUGAGACCAGAGCUUGUAAUGAAAUCGAUUGUUCCUGUGGUUAUGGCUGGUGUGUUGGGUAUUUAUGGUCUCAUCAUUGCUGUUAUCAUUAGUACUGGAAUUAACCCAAAGGCUAAGUCUUACUAUCUCUUUGAUGGUUAUGCUCAUCUCUCUUCUGGUCUCGCUUGUGGUCUCGCUGGUCUCUCCGCUGGUAUGGCUAUUGGCAUCGUCGGUGAUGCUGGUGUUAGAGCGAAUGCACAACAGCCAAAGCUGUUUGUGGGAAUGAUUCUGAUUCUCAUCUUUGCUGAAGCGCUUGCGUUGUAUGGUCUUAUUGUUGGUAUCAUCCUCUCUUCUCGUGCUGGUCAGUCUAGAGCCGAGUGAAACCUGGAAGUCUCUUUCUUAUGUGAGCUAAAUCCUUGUAAUGUUUUUGAUUUGUGGCAUUGUGAGCAUGAAGAAACAAGCUAAUAAUCAUUUGAAUUUGGUUGAUUUUUUUUUUUAAUUUGCACACUAUGGGCUGCGUCAUUGAGUAAUAAAAUAAGAUGAUUCAAUGAUUUGAUUCUUUAGACUAAAACAACCUCUUGUUGUUUUGAUGUUUCAUCGAUUGAUAUGAACAAAAUGUGUGGUUUUCAUUCU